GUGGGCGUCGGUAGUCGCCGUAUCCGUGGCUGAAGGUGCGGUUGUCGCUGUUCAAACAUUCUCGCGCUGUCUCGAUCGGUCAUGUCAAAGUUCGCUCUGCAAGGACUUUUGCACGGAUAGGCUACCAAAACCGAGGAUACACCACGGCCACUGAGACGCACUAGUUUUGACUAUGAUGUUCCCCCCGACACAUUGUCCUCUCCGCUUUACAGCCCUGCUUGCCGUGCCUGUAGCUAGCAGCAGCCGAACAACCGUCCCCGUUGAUGUACCGCACUACAUAGGAGCAGAGUGAAGAAGAUAUAAUGGGAUUCUAGUCUGCAUUUGUCUGCCUAGGGGCGACCGCGCCUUGUCUGGAGUUUCGCAAGAGUUUUUUCCUGUUUGAAAUGUCUUAUUGAUUUUUCUUGGCGUUCUCGCUCUGCUGGAAGAUAUUUCUGUUUCCAUAGGUUCUUUCCCUGCGCCUGUUUACCUACCUUUGAUCGAUCCGUGGAUGGCCGGGCAACGAUUUGCAUUGGCCUUCAGCUGGUAGUGUGUAUGUAUUGACCACCGCCGUUGCAUUGCAUUCGAUCUUACUGCCAGGUCAUAUCCAUUCUGAAUCACUGAAAGCCCUUGAAAAUCACUGUAGACUCAAAUUCUGUGUACAAAAAAAAAUCGCGUCAUGGCAAUGGUAGUGAGUGUGUGGAGGGAUCCACAGGAUGAUGGUGUCGGUGGUACCCUGAGCGGACACGGACACGGCCACCUCGCUCAGCCGCUCAGAGACACGCGUCUGGCAGCCUCGGCAGCCUCCCUCACCCCGCAAACCCAAACCGGACCCCCGUCUAGUACCCCAAGUACCGUGGUGGAGGACAAGAACUCGGGCUCCAGUUCGGGCCAGGCUCAUAUUGAAUGCGUAGUGUGCGGGGACAAAUCCAGCGGGAAGCACUACGGCCAGUUUACGUGCGAGGGAUGCAAAAGUUUCUUCAAGAGGAGUGUGAGGAGAAACUUGAGCUACACAUGCCGGGCCAACCGGACCUGUCCCGUGGACCAACACCACCGCAACCAGUGCCAGUACUGUCGCCUGAAGAAGUGCUUGAAAGUUGGGAUGAGGCGAGAAGCGGUGCAGAGAGGAAGGAUCCCCCCCAGCCAGCCGCCACAUCAAGGCCACUACGCCCUGGCCAACGGUGACCCCCUGAACGGCCACUGCUAUCUGUCCGGAUACAUCUCCCUGCUGCUUCGCGCCGAGCCCUACCCAACCUCGCGCUACGGCAACCAGUGCAUGCAGCCCGGAGGCAACAUCAUGGGCAUCGAGAACAUCUGCGAGCUGGCGGCGCGCUUGCUGUUCAGCGCCGUGGAGUGGGCUCGCGGCAUCCCCUUCUUCCCGGACCUGCAGAUCACUGACCAGGUGUCCCUGCUGAGACUGACGUGGAGCGAGCUGUUCGUGCUGAACGCCGCGCAGUGCGCCAUGCCCCUGCACGUGGCCCCGCUGCUGGCCGCCGCGGGCCUGCACGCGUCGCCCAUGUCCGCCGAUCGCGUGGUGGCCUUCAUGGACCACAUCCGCUUCUUCCAGGAGCAGGUGGAAAAGCUCAAGGCCCUGCACGUGGACGCAGCAGAGUUCAGCUGCGCCAAAGCCAUCGUGCUCUUCACGUCAGACGCCUGCGGCCUGUCGGACGUGGCGCACAUCGAGGGCCUCCAGGAGAAGUCUCAAUGCGCCCUGGAGGAGUAUGUGAGGAGCCAGUACCCCAACCAGCCGACGCGCUUUGGGAAACUUUUACUGCGUCUCCCCGCUCUCCGCAUGGUCUCCUCUUCGGUCAUCGAACAACUGUUCUUCGUCCGGUUGGUAGGUAAAACUCCGAUCGAGACCCUUAUACGAGAUAUGCUGCUGUCUGGAAGUAGUUUCAGUUGGCCGUAUAUGCCCAUGCAAUGAUAAAGACCCUGGCGGACUAUAAGACAUUGGUGGCGGACUGUUUGCAAGCCAGCAAGAAAGCCACGUUCGAUACGACGCUAAAAAAUAUUUUUGCCGCUUUUCUCGUGGAUGAAUUGUGUACACAAAAAUGGACUUGAUCUAUCGUCGCACUCAAUCUUAAUUUACUCAAGCACUUGUUUUUUUUCUUAGCGUGGAAUGGUAAACCAGUUAUGGACAUUUUCUUUUUUGUACAGUCUUUUAAAAAUGUGCAACAGAUUCAGUAUUCGAAAUGAAACGAAUGUCAACCUUAAAAUGCCCCUCGUCAGUUGUUUUUUAAAACAAUUCUUUGUUGUAUACAGAUUUCAAUGUAGCUUAGGCAAAUUAUUUGUUUCAUUCGUCUCAUGAAAGAAUAGUGUUUCAAACGAAACUUUUUUUAAUCGAAGUAAACGCCAUAAACAAAUCAAACUGUGCGCGCAUAGGCUACUUGAUCCGACCUAAUGCUUUGAAAAUGCAAGUUCAAGACUUACCUCAUUAACGUGACAAAGGCGAGGACAAUGGACUAUAAAAUAUAUUUAUUUGUUUCUAUUUGUAUAUUUAUUUCCCUGCUUAGAUGUUUGUUCAGUGAUAAGUCGACUUCCCUUGGGAUGUUCCAUUCUGUUGCGCGGGGCCUGUCCACAUUGUCACUUGUAACAGCUGUUAGCAUACCCAUCCAAUUAACCCUCUUUGUUUUCACAACCUGUUUCAUCUUUGAUAUCGUCUCACAGCUAUCUCCUGUUUGCAAUAAGAUGUGGUUCAGCGACAUACUACAGUGCUAUGCGCCUGAAUUGUAAAGGUUUGGCAAUGAAGUCAUUGCCGCUCACCGCUGACAACCCAAGCACUAGGCUCAGAAAAGAGGGACUGUGUGUGUGUACUGGGUUUGAUGUACAGAGCAACAUUUGAUUAAUUAAACUGAUUUUUUGA